GAGUGCACACACAAAAGGGAGAGAACAGACCAUAGAAAGAGAGAGCGGUUCUAACCUGGUGUAUUGGUCUCCUCCAGACACCCAGGACUCCUCUGUCUCUCUCUACACCGGCAGGGUGCUUGCCGAUGGUGUAACACUAGAUCGGCUCAGCCUCCCUCCUUUGGGAACUCUGGAGCUCCCUCUCUCACCUUCUGUGUUUGCUCUCCACCGACUGGCUGACUUUCUUUAUUUGGAGAGUGCGAGAGUGUGUUUUACUCGGCAGGAUUAGGCAGUCUGUAUGCACUCUGGUACAAGCUGGUACGGUGGAGGGCGUUUCGUUCGUGAGUGUGUUGUUCGCCCUCUCGCUCUGCGAGCCACACUCGAGUCUCUCAUAUACCCUUCGGCUCUAACGGAAACACGCACCUACUAUUCCCAAGGAUUUGGGAUAUGUGUAUAGAGGUUUAGCCUUCUCUGAAUUGUGGAUACAGAGAGGACUACACAUUACAACUUCACUGAGCAGGUUGAGAGAGGGAGGAUUUCCCUCUUGUAUUACCCUCUUUCCAGGCUGACCAGUGAGGUCUCCGAGUACUGAGGGGCUGCUUUUCCCAUUGACGCAAUUUCAGAUAGCGAACCUGAUCAGAGGAUGCAGCAGGAAGCAGAUGAGCGACUGAGCCCCACCUGAGCCCUGACCCCUGACCCAUCACCUCCCACCCCCACCCCCACCUGGCCAUCCCAUCAUGCACCUGCCUUUUCGAGGUCGUCUGAAGCUGCUAGUGGCAUCUCUGACCGCCGUCAUCCUGCUCACCUGGCUAUACCUGCUGGCUGGGAACCUGGAGAAUGGCCGUUCUCUCCUCCUGUCCCCCUGUCUGUCAGAGACCCCCGAGGCACGGGUUCUAGAGCGGGCGGUUCUAGAGUCGCGGGUGCGCGAGAUGGAGGAGGAGAACAGGCAGAUCCGCUUGCAGCUCAACCAAUUGCAGGGCACGGCUGGCCAGCCCGCCGACGGUGGUAACUACGGCAAUGCGGCGUGGGGGGCAUCAGCUGACACUGGGCCCGAGGAUGUGGAGAACACGGCAGAGGAGAGAGCCAAUCACACAGAGUGUCCCCGUUCGCCCACCAUACUGAAGUGUGAGCUGAUCCAUGUAGCGUGUGUGUGUGCCGGUCACAACGCCAGCAGAGAUGUGGUCACCCUGGUCAAGUCCAUUCUGUUCCACAGGAGAAACCCUCUCCAUUUCCACUUCAUCACAGACGCAGUAGCCAAUCAGAUCCUGAGUUCUCUGUUCCAGUCCUGGAUGGUUCCGUCUGUACAAGUUAGCUUCUACGACGCAGACGAACUCAAGUCGGAGGUGUCAUGGAUACCUAACAAGCACUACUCAGGUAUCUACGGCCUGAUGAAGCUGACCCUAACCAAAGCGCUGCCCUCUGACCUCACAAAGGUCAUCGUCCUGGAUACGGACAUCACCUUCGCCACCGACAUCGCUGAGCUCUGGGCCAUCUUCAGGAAGUUCACUGACAAGCAGGUGAUAGGUCUGGUGGAGAACCAGAGUGACUGGUACCUGGGGAACCUGUGGAAGAACCACAAACCCUGGCCCGCUCUGGGACGAGGCUUCAACACUGGGGUCAUCCUGCUCUACCUGGAGAGGCUGCGACGGAUUGGCUGGGAGCAGAUGUGGAGGCUGACCGCCGAGAGAGAGCUGAUGAGCAUGCUCAGUACCUCGCUGGCGGACCAGGACAUCUUUAAUGCGUUCAUUAAACAGAACCCAGUCCUAGUGCAUCAGCUGCCCUGCUUCUGGAACGUUCAGCUGUCUGACCACACACGCUCCGAACAGUGCUACACAGAGGUGUCUGACCUCAAGGUGAUCCAUUGGAACUCUCCUAAGAAACUUCGCGUGAAGAACAAGCAUGUGGAGUUCUUCAGGAACCUCUACCUUACUUUCCUCGAGUAUGAUGGGAACCUACUGAGACGAGAGCUUUUUGGCUGCCCCAGCCAGGCCACCUCAGAGAGCGUUCGGUUACAAGGAGCUCUGGAGGAGCUGGAUGAAGACGACCAAUGUUAUGACUUCCGACGGGAGCGAAUCACAGUGCACCGCGUGCACCUCUACUUUCUGCAGUACGAGUACACGCCCGCCGGGGAUGACACAGAUGUCACGCUGGUCGCACAGCUCUCCAUGGACAGGUUACAGAUGCUGGAGGCCAUAUGUAAGCACUGGGAAGGACCUAUCAGCCUGGCCCUGUACAUGUCAGACGCUGAGGCCCAACAGUUUCUGCGUUACGCCCAGGCCUCCGAGGUGCUGAAGAACCGUAAGAACGUGGGCUACCAUAUCGUUUACAAGGAGGGCCAGUUCUACCCCGUCAACCUGGUGAGAAAUGUGGCCCUGAGGAACGCCAACACACCCUAUGUGUUCCUGGCAGACGUUGACUUCUUGCCCAUGUACGGCCUCUAUGAUUACCUCAGAAAGUCAGUGGUCCAGUUAGAUAUGGCCCACACUAAGAAAGCUCUGGUUGUGCCGGCCUUUGAGACGCUGCGCUACCGCCUCUCCUUUCCCAAAUCCAAAGCUGAGCUGCUCUCCAUGCUGGACAUGGGGACCCUCUACACCUUCAGGUAUCACGUCUGGACCAAGGGCCAUGCUCCUACCAACUACGCCAAGUGGCGGACAGCCACCACGCCCUAUAAGGUGGAGUGGGAGGCGGACUUUGAGCCCUAUGUGGUGGUGAAGCGGGACUGUCCUGAGUACGACCAGCGCUUUGUGGGAUUUGGCUGGAACAAGGUCUCCCAUAUCAUGGAGCUAGAUGCGCAGGAGUAUGACCUGAUGGUUCUGCCCAACGCGUUCAUGAUCCACAUGCCACACGCACCCAGCUUCGACAUCUCCAAGUUCCGCUCCAGCCCAGGCUACCGAUACUGCCUGCAGACCCUAAAAGAAGAGUUCCACCAAGACCUGUCCCGGAAGUACGGCGCAGCCGCCCUCAAGUACCUUACUGCUCAGAGGAACAUCUAAACCAGGACUCCCAAGGGCCACUGGGCUUCAUACCUAGGCCCCCAAUGGCCCCCUGUGCUGCUGCCUCGCAAGUCUAAAGGGAUUUGGGAAUACUGGCAACUAUCAGCCAAUAUCACUACUAAGCUUGAAUAGCUUUAAAGUCUUGUAGAACAUUCUGGAGAUGUGUUAGCUAAACUUUCUGGGGUGUUUGGGCUGGGAUGACCCACCCAACUAUGCUAUAAUGGGUUAUGACCCAAACUGGAAUAAAAACAAAGAACCAAACAGAUCAGACAUGACAGUGGUCACACGAUAUUGGGCUCACUGGGAAGACGUUUCUCUGAAAGGGAUGAGUGGUUGACUGAUUUAAGUCUGGGAGUAAGUGACGAUUAUCAUGAUUUGUUCUGACAAUCAGGGCCUUUUCUGAGGAAAAUACAUUUAAAACCAAUCCGUCCACAUGGGAUAUCUGUACCUGGAACUCAAGGACAGGAAUUUGGGGAAACACAGAACUGAAAGAAAAGAAAGUUGCAUCUUCCCUGGUCUCUUCAAGGGAACGAGUCGGAAUCACGUUCGGAGUGACCAAUCGAGUUGGAGAAACAUUUAAGCCUUAUAAUUUUCCAUUAUAUUUAAUAAGAUAUUUAAUGAUAUCAGUAUUUUUCUCAAUGUAAAUGAUUAUCAAUUAAUAACAAACAAAUAUGGCAUACAUACACUAUCAGUCAAAUGUUUUAGAACAUUUACUCAUUCAAGGGUUUUUCUUUAUUUUUUAAAAUUUUCUACAUUGUAGAAUAAUACUGAAGACUGCACUUGAUUGGCUCAAACACAUUAAGAAGGAAAUAAAUUCUACAAAUGAACAUAAGGCACACCUGUUAAUUAAAAUGCAUUCCAGGUUACUACCUCAUGAAGCUGGUUGAGAGAAUGACAAAAUUGUACAAAGCUGUCAUAUUUGAAAAAUCUCAAAUAUAAAAUAUAUUAUGAUUUGUUUAACACUUUGUUGGUUACUACAUGAUUCCAUAUGUGUUAUUUCAUAGUUGAUAUCUUCACUAUUAUUCUACAAUGUAGAAAAUAGUAAAAAUAAAGAAAAACCCUUGAAUGAGUAGGUGUGUACAAACCUUUGACUGGUACUAUAUAUGUGUAAAUUUUAAUAUAUAUUUUUCUUUGUGCAUAUAUUUAUCCCCUUUAAGCCAAAUAUGAGCCCAAAUUCAGCCAAAAAAAUACAAGUCACAACUGAUUUGGACCAUCGCAACCAGACCCAAAUAUUUUUUAAAUAGCAACAAAAAAAGCACCUCGCUAGAAAUUAAAUGGCUGCAAAUAAACCGCCUGUUGAAUUGUUAAAAAUCACUUCUGAAAUUCCAUGAGCGAUUGGAGUAUUACCAGUGCCAUGUCUAGAUGAGUGAUACACUGUUAUGUGCCAUCUACUGUAACAAACCUUGUCAUUUACCGAACAUUUCCCUUUCCUUUAAAACUUCAUUCCUUUUUAUAUUUACCCAUUCCUUGUUUUUUCGUACACCAUGCUGAAACCCACUCCUGUUCUCACAAACCAUCCCUUCUUUCUCUAAUCCCAACCCCUUCCUAAAUCUCUAUAUGCUACUACUACUGUUUUGAACACCACACAUAAUCCAUGGGACAACCGGGCAGUAACAAAUCAACCUUUCAGCCCCAAUGAACCUACCACUUCAAAUACCAAAUAAUAGGUAUACGCCCACAGUCACAAGAAACGGCACAAGUGUUCAAGCCUAUUUGCUACUGUGAUGACUUUAAUGACUGAACGGUUACAUAUAAUGUCACUAUGGGCUGGGCACAUACCCUACAUGACUACUAUGGGUUAGGUACUUACAGAGCUGCCAUUGAAUUGGCUACCAAGAGAUGGAUCCAGACACCACCUCCCCUGCCACCUUCCAUGCCUCGCACAACCCCUGUCGACUGUUCUGAUUGCAGUAAAUGCUAGUGCCUUUGCUGUAUUGUGUAACUGGAUAUUGAUUGUACUGCUGUACGUUACCAAUGGGGCCUGAGGAUAGUCAGGCACUCUAUUUAUUAUUGUCGACUCAAAUCAAUCAUAUUUUUCUAUGUAGGGGACAAAGUGCUUUAAAUAAAUCUGCCCUUUUUCUACCAGUUUGUCUGAGGUUUGUCUCCAUUGGAACAUAUGUGGAACAGAUUGAAGGAUAUGGUAUCACUUCUUUAAGUGUGGAAUUUUAUACACAUGAUUCAUUUUCAGAGUUAAUUGGUGUUAAAAUAUCAAGGAUUCUCCCCUCAUCAAUGUUUUUAAUGAAGACAUAAUGUCUGCAAUGGAAUUAACUUUAUGAAAGCAAAUAAACACACACACACACACACACACACACACACACACACACACACACACACACACACACACACACACACACACACACCACGGAGGGAAAUCAAUCAAAUUGUAAUUCUUUGUUAACUGUGUGUUAUCUUCUGUGACAUUUGUUACCAGCCUGAAAAUGGAAUUGUCUCUCACAGAUGUAUUGCUUGUCUUAAGGAAAUAAUCGGCCGCCAGGCAGGCACUUUUUUUCUUUCACAAAAAAAUAUAAUAAAAAUUGUUAAGUCAAGCAUUUCUUCAUA